AUGGCGGCCCGAAAACUACAACAAGAGGUCGACAAGUGCUUCAAAAAGGUCGCCGAAGGCGUCGCGGAGUUUGAAUCUAUCUAUGACAAGAUUGAACUCUCAAAUAACCCGGCACAAAAGGAAAAGCUUGAAGAUAACUUGAAGCGUGAAAUCAAGAAGCUCCAGCGCCUUCGAGACCAGAUCAAGACAUGGGCCGCGAGUAAUGACAUCAAGGACAAGGCUCCAUUGCUAGAACAUCGCAAACUAAUAGAAACCCAAAUGGAAAGGUUCAAAGCGGUCGAAAAAGCAAUGAAGACAAAAGCCUACUCCAAAGAAGGGUUAUCAGCGGCAGCGAGACUUGAUCCCAAAGAGCAAGCCAAGGUCGAAGCGGGCGAGUUUCUGGGUAACCAGGUUGACGAACUGGAGCAACAGAUCGAGUCAUUAGAGGCCGAGAGCGAGCAGCUACAGGCGACAAUGAAGAAGGGCAAAAGCCAUUCUCAUAAGGCGGAUCGCAUUGCCGAGAUCGAGCGAAUAAUGGAACGGCACAAGUGGCAUCAAGGCAAGCUGGAGCUUAUCCGGCGGUCCCUGGAGAACGGUGGUGUCGAGACGGAGCAGGUAAAUGAUCUUGAGGAGAGCAUCCGCUAUUAUGUUACGGACGCUACCAACCCUGAAUUCAUGGAAGACGAGGAAAUGUACGACGAGCUCAACCUAGAGGAUGAUGAGGGUGUCUUUGGCAUGGGUGUGGACGGCGAGAGGGGGUCAUCACAGGACAACCAAUCCAUACAAGACGACCCAGAACCGGUUUCCGAGCCUGCGCCCAAGGCUUCUCGAAAAUUGGCAAAGGAGAACGAAUCGAGGAAGGGGGCUGCUCAAACAAAAUCACCGUUACCAGCACUCGCUACGCUGCAUACGCCGCUGUCGACAAUAAGCAAUGGCGCGAGUGCCAGCAUGAAGCCUGCGACGAUACCAACAAGAGCGCCUGGCGAAAUCUUAAAGUACGCCUCCGCGGCGGCUGCUGCUGCGGCAAGCGACAAGAACGUAGGGAUAUCACCGUUGCCCCCGCCUCCUGGCAGCACGGGCAUCUCGUCUCACCCUUCAGGUCCGUCGGCCGCCAACUCGCCCGCCGUGGCAGCUGCCCAGCCUGCACAGCAAACGCCGCUACAAACGCCAGCGGCCAUCGCCACCCCGGCCGAAGAGCCCGCCCCGGAGCCGGCUCCGGUGCCGGCCGCGCCUGCGCCGACGACAGGACGCGGGUCCAGGAAGUCCAAAGCUGCGGGCAAGCAACCCGUGCCUGCCGUCGAAGCCAAGGACGGGCCGGCGACGAACGGCACGACGCUGAACGGCGCCAAGUCCAAGAUGCAGGCACAAGUCGCCGAAGAGGAGAGCAUAUACCAUCUGCCUUCCUCGCUGCAGGACCUGGUAGAGUCCUACGAGAUGGCCCGUAAGAACCCGCCAUCGGUGUUGGCCCCGUCGACGCAGCGGCUCCUAGAAGCCAGCCAAGCCAACUGCCCGGACCAACGUGACGCCGACGCGCCGCGGUCCUACAGACCGGAGCAACCCAUCCCGCAGGUCGUGUCCAGCUUCCCACGCACGCCACUCCCCAUCUUCGACGACCCACGGCUGUACCAGCGCAUCGACUCGGACACGUUGUUCUACGUGUUUUACUACAGACAAAACACUCAGCACCAACUUCUCGCCGCUAAGGCGCUCAAGGACAACAGCUGGCGGUUUCAUAAGCAAUAUCAAACGUGGUUCCAGCGACACGAAGAGCCCAAGAGCAUCACGGAAGAGCACGAACAAGGAACAUAUAGGUUCUUUGAUUACGAGUCUACUUGGAUGAACCGCAGAAAAGCGGACUUCAAGUUUGCCUACAAGUUCCUCGAGGAUGAGGUAUAA